CUCCACUUUAUAAAUUCCAAAAAUAGCUUCCCCAUUUCAGGUUACACCUUUCCGUUGGUUGAUCCAACCUCCAAGUAAUCUUUCUUCCAUCUAUGUUUUAUAAUUUCCUUUUUUCUUUAUUCUCUUUGUUCCAUAUGCUGCUACUUCAUCAGUCACUGGUUUCUCUUUCUUAUCCUUUUUUUUUACCUGGGAAUUUUCCUCUAUCAGUUACAAUAUUCAUCAUUGCCCCUCUUUCCUUAUUUUGGUUUAUCGUGCACUCCCUUUCUUUUUUUCAUAUUUCCUCCUGUUCCUAUGUCUUCCUCUUACGUAUCUUCUCUUUAAAUGAUUUUUCCUUUUCUAUCCCUUGUUAACCGUUGCGCUCCCUUUUUUUCUCGACAACAGCUUGUCUUC